AUGUGUGCGAGACGUGGCAGACGUGCGGCGCUGGCCUGCGUGCUGGCGCUGGCCAGCGGGCUGGCGGGAUGCGGCGAACGGCAGAAUCCGUUUGCACCGGUCGGGAACGUGUUCUUCACGUUCACGGACCUGCGCCGCGGAACCGGCCCCGUGUCGGCGGUCGGGGACGUGCUCACAAUCAACUACACGGGGUGGCUGCACGACUCGGGUGAAACCGACAACAAGGGCCAGCGGAUCGACUCCGCGAGCGAUCAGACGUUUGUCCUGGGCGCGGGUCAGGUGAUUGCCGGGUUCGAUCAGGGACUGGUCGGAAUGAGCGUGGGCGGGUUGCGUCGGCUGAACAUCCCUCCCCACCUGGCGUUCGGGUCGACCGGCUCGGACAACGUACCGCGGAUACACCGCUCCGCGCCAUUCCAGAUCAUCGAUCUCAAGAUCGGCACCGGCCCGGAGGCCGUCAAUGGCGACACCCUGACCGUCCGAUACGCCGGCUGGCUCUAUGAUGAAGAUCAGGUCGACAACAAGGGGCUGCGAUUCGAGGUGGGCCCCGCCACCGGCUUCACCUUCGUGCUCGGCACCGGCCAGGUUAUCCCGGGCUGGGACCAGGGGCUGGUCGGGAUGCGCGAGGAGGGAGAACGGCGUCUCAUCGUUCCCCCCGAGCUGGCGUACGGCUCGACGAGACGGAGCCUGAUUCCGCCCAAUGCGACCCUCGUCUUCGACGUGCAACUCGUGACCUUGCAGUGA